AUGCUGAGAGAGGACGGAUGGAAGGAGGCAGCGGUCGGGCCAACAAUUGAAGCGGUUGUCAAACGAUCAUCAGUCGUGGGAGGGAAAGGCUCGCCAAGACGAGGAGACUCGCCGAAGGGCAAUCAGGACGCCAUGGCCCAGAUGAUGCAGCAGAUGAUGCGACUGCUUAGCCCGAUGGCUAGUCGUCUGGAAGCACUCGAGCGGAGUCAAGCUGAAGGACGCUCAGAGCCGUCCUUAGGAGCCAACACCCCUCCGCCACUGUCGACACUAGUCGCCGAGCCAGCUGUCCGCAAGAACAAGUUUCCCGACCUAGAGCGCUUCGACGGGACACGAGGUAACUACCUAGGCUGGAAAUUUGAGUGUGAAGGGAAGCUAGAGUACGAUUGUGCUAUGUUCCUAACGGAGGACGCAAGGGUCCGAUACGUGCUCAGCCGAACGAAGGACAAGGCGAACCAGGUCCUUCUCCCUUGGCACCUGAAGCAAGGACGGAGGCCAAUACGCGAUUACGUCUCAGAGUUCAACCAGCUUCGCGUAGAAUCUCGUCAACAGUUCAGCCCAGCAGUAGCUCGGGAGAUGUUCAGCGAGGGCCUCGGAGAAGAACUCCAGAAGCUGAUGCUCUACACUCCAAAGAACGGAAGCCUGAAGGAAUACAUGGACAAGGCAAUCGAGCUAUCCGACGACCUGUACCGGAUCCAGCUACAUGGGCGGAACCAAAGGAACGCGGCUCAUGGCGACGCGCAGAACCACCCGAGAGCCGCUCAGCGAGAAGCUAACCCAGAAGCGAUGGACUGGGAGCCAUCGAAGAUCAAUCGAGCGCGGGAGGUAGGAAGCAGGCCAAGACGGCCACCGCCUGACUGCUACAGCUGUGGAGAGCUGGGUCACAUUGCCAGGAGCUGUCCGAACACCACUCGAGUCAAGAGAGCGAGAGGUACCCCUACGGGCGAAGGACAGAAACUCCAGAAGGAGGCUGAGGAACCAACGGACAGCGACUCGGGAAAAGAGGAGCUCUGA